UAGCUGGGCAGAUGGCUUGGGCAACUCUCCACAGGCAUGCUGUGCAUACAUCUGGAAGGUAUAAAGAGCACCGAGGCUCACCGGCAGGCUGGCAGGCGGGGGUCGCGCUGCUGCUCGUGUAUCCCUUCGUGUCCUGCCUGAAGCUGGCCAUGCACAAGCUACUCCUGGCUCUGGCACUUGGGGUGCUGCUGUCGGAGAUGAGGUUGGCGAGCGAGGCCAGGACACCCCCAUACGGCGUUAAGCUGUGUGGCAGGGAGUUCAUCCGUGCAGUCAUCUUCACGUGUGGAGGAUCCCGCUGGAGACGGGCAGAAAAUUUUGGCACCCUCCCUGGAGAUUCUGCAGAAGCCUUUGUUGCAACUUCUUCAUCCACGGAAUGGGACUCAGUUCAUGUUCCUGCAAAAGAUCUGUCUGACUAUUAUGGGAACUGGAGAGGCCACCAGAUAUAUGGACCCUCAGAUGAAACCUCGGCUGUGGAUCGGGGAGCCCGAGAUGUUAUGGCAGGACUGAGCAAUGCCUGCUGUAAGUGGGGUUGUAGCAAAAGUGAAAUCAGCUCCUUGUGCUAGAUGGUAGCAUGCAUGCGUGUAUGCACUCAGCAAAAGGGGCAAUACUUGUAAAUAUUUGUGAGCUUGGAGCUUUGACCAGCAGAUACUAAAAUGUUUGCUCAGCC